CUUAUUAGAUCUGGGUUUCAUCGGCAAGGGUUGAGGGCUAAGAACAGGUCAUUUCCUAGUUGUCUUUUGUUCCUAUGUCAAAACGAGUUUUUGUGCGAAACCAUUCAUAUGAAAAUUUGUUUCUCCCCAUUCAUGCAAAAUCAAACGCAUCUUCAUAUGAGAGGUUUUGCAACAGAACUCGCUUUGAAAUAGACACACAGGGUAACUCUGAAAUGACCAUAGGAUUCGUGAACAUCUUAUUUAUCAUGCUAUUGACUUCGUGGACAUCUUAUUUAAGUAGAAUUCGGAUUACCGGUAAAAACACUGACAGGAAAAAUAUCCGUUCUUAUUACUUUGCAUUUUCAGUUAUGACAAGUUCCACACCAAUCCCGGCAAACAACGGGACCAGCAUGGAGGAGAAGUUUGAGAAGGAAACUAUUCUUCUUUCCACCACUUUCCUCGUCAUCAUCAUCGUCAUGGCACUGUUCGGGAACGUUCUGGUAGUCGUCGCCUUUGCAGUUUUCCAGAAACUUCGGACCGUAACUAACUACUUCAUAGUGUCACUUGCUGUUGCUGAUAUUCUGGUGGCAGGAGUAUCCAUGCCAGUCUGGGGCGCGUACCUCAUCACCGGACCCAAGUGGAUGUUCGAUUUAUGGGUCCAACAGGUGUGGAGCUGUGUAGACAUCCUUUGUGGGUUGGCCUCCAUCUUUCACCUCUGCUUCAUCAGCCUUGAACGUUACGUAUGCAUUUCCUCUCCAUUUACCUACCACGACAAGAUGACAACCUCUAAGGCAGUCGUGGCCAUUUUCGGCAUAUGGUCGUUCUCCAUUUUCAUGGCUGUGCUCAAGUUAAUCAUGUGGUCGAUGCCUCCUCCAGUCUACGAAAUCGUCGUAAGCGUGUUAUGUUUCUUCGUUCCACUGCUGAUCAUGCUGGUCUGUUACAUGAAAAUCUACAUGGCGGCUCGUCAUCAGAUCAAGAAAAUGAUUCUAACGGUCCAUGGAAGUCCGAAGAGAUUCCUUCUGUCCAAAGAACUCAAGGCCGCAAAAACAGUUGGUGCCGUGAUUGGCGCUUUUGUCAUCUGCUGGGGCCCGUUCUUUGUCUUAAAUCUCAUCUACGGUCUAUGCCAAAGUUGCUUACCCCUCCCCGAAGAGUCCGUUCUUGCGGCAAAAUGGCUUCAUUACGGUAACAGCGUGCUCAACCCAAUUAUUUACGCCUGCAUGAACAAGGACUUCAGGUCAGCCUUCAAGAAACUUCUCGCGUUUUCGUGCUUUUUCAUUCCGGGCGUUCAAAGACAAGACAUGACCUUGGAAAAGUCGUUUUACAGCGAGAGAAACUCCGUCAGAUCACAGAGAGGAAGUUCUUCUCGAGGGGCCAAUUCUCUGAAAGAAAACAGCUCUUUGCGUUCUCAAAAAGAGAUGAAUGGUUAUCAUUCAUGCGAAAAGCCUUGCUUCGUGUAAGUGUCAGUCACUGUGGUAUGUGUGGACAUGCGACAUAUUGGAUUACCGCUGAUGACCUGCCAAGGACAAUUGGGAGCCUGCGAAUAGAGAGAUUUUUUGUCAAGCUCCUCUCUCCUUGAAAACGGCACAAGUUGAUGAACAGGAUGCGUUACAAAAAACGCACAAAAACUCUGAACUUCACACGUUCAUCGAUCUAUACAUUCUACGUACGCAGUCCAUGUCAGUAGUCCGAAGAUUAGACAACCGAAUAUACUACAUGUAUUCAACGUUUAGGAAACGUGUGAUCUAAAGUAGUAUUAAUCCAAUAGCCAAACUCGUUACAAAACGCCUAAACGCGCUCUAAGUUCACAAUUCAGCCUCCGUUGAGUGAUGGAUCAUGGUGUAUCAUGUAAAGCAAACCUCGAAGCCACCAGCAACCAUAUCCUUCAUACUGUUAGACUUAAAUAAGCCACACUAAUUAAAAAUUAGAUUAUGAGCUCGAGAUUUCUAUGAGGGGAUAGUUGAU